GGGCCUAUAUUUCGCUUGACAAUUUACACUUGGGAUAUAAACAAACCAGUGGUUACGCUUGAUCGACUGCUUUGGCAAUAGAUAUCAAUGUUGCCCGCAACAACAUUAGACCAAGCCCUAAAAGGACGCUCGUACGUGUAGAGUAUUGGCCUAUAAAAGGAAAACGCAUUCACCCAUUCGGUUCGGAGCGAUCGUGCAGGAACGAUGACCUCCCCGGUGCAAGCGGAAGCACUGCGGGCAUCCGAAACAGACGGUUCGAAGCUGACGACGAUGGUCGGGCAACAGCUGGAUUAUCUUACACGCACGGACGAACCCAGCCACGAUGUGACCCGGUGGGAUAUUUUGCUCACCUCACUCUCGAUCCUGUUCCGACUGAUCAGCAUCAGUCUGACGCUGUUGCUUUCCUUCGAAUACUACCGAAACGGACGCACGGUCUAUUUUGGGCUUACAUUGAUCGGGCUAUUCAUACCCGCCAUCAUUACCACCCUGCUGAGUCUGCUGAUGUAUCUGGAUGAUACGCGUCGGAAGCGACGGGAACCACAACCCUGUUGCAGUACGCUGCUGUGUAUUGUGGUGAUGCCAUUCUUCUGCCGAUACUGGCACUCGUUGCGAUUAUCGUACGCUUGUUAUUCUGCGAAACGGCGACAAGAUUGGACCUCGCAGAAGCGGGCUUACGAGCUGCUCGUGCAGGAGGACAGUGACGUUGCUCUGCUACGUAUCUUCGAGUGUCUGCUUGAGGUGACGCUGCAGAAGAUCCUCCAGCUGACCAUAGUUCUAUCAGGCGGACCCGUCACAGUUCUGCAGAUGCUAUCGAUCGUCAGCGCGAUGGGCAGUAUCGCAUGGUGCAUGGCGUCCCAUUAUCGAUGUGUCCGCUUUGCGCGCCUUGACAAACGUCACAUACCCUGGUCCGGUACGAUCGUACAUAUUGCCUGGCAGUUUUCCGUGACCGUUGCACGAGUACUUGCCAUUGCGACGAUUGCUAGCGUGUUCCCGAUCUACACCGCACUAGCCUGUGCCCUACACGCCGUCCUGAUGGCUGUCUGGGUAUUUUUCUACGAGCGUCCACGCUUCUGCGGCGACUCCAUCUCACAACGCACCUUACUCUCCUGUGCCUUUGGGACCGUGUUCAUAUUCAACUACAUUCCGCUUCACGAUGGACCAACCCGGCUACGCUACACGCUGUUUUACGUGGUCUGUUUUCUUGAGACGGUUUUGUGCGGCGUGCUGUACGCAAUCUUCGUGCACAAUCUAACGAUCCAACGAUCGGUUUUGUGGAAAAGUGUAUUAAGUUGCUUCCCGAUCGUCACGUUCGUGAUCGGCAUUUGUCUGAUGGUGCUGUUUUAUCGCUACUGUCACCCAAACAUUACCUCACGCCAAAUGGAGGCUAGAACCACCGAGUGAAUCGCAACGGAACACUGCAACCAAAGAAUCGACGGACGGUACGGAAAGGGAAAUACAGUGGAGCGCCGAUUAUCCAGGGUACCUCUUAUCCGGCUGUCCGAUUAUCCGUUCAUAUCAUAUCCAUAUUUAUUUUCAAUGCACGAGAUCUGAGGUGCGUUUAUACUCGUUUAAAGUACGAACUAAGAAACAGGACGUGUACACCGUGUAUUAGAGUAGUAGAUUUCUGGAAAAAAUGACGAUUGUUGAUGCCAUAUUUUUAUUGCAUCAGGCUUUUGACAACGUUCCGGAUGUAAUUUUACUUCAGUAUUGAUAAAAUAUUUUACCAGAGUUUGUGGUUGUUGCUCAAUACAAACAGAAUGAUUCUGAAGAAAUUGAAGGAUCUUAAAAAAAUAUCAUGUUUUGUAUAUGUAGGUGAAGGAAGUGCAGAGGAGUGGAUGCUAAUAGAUUGUAAUAAUCACGGAUACGAAUUGAGUAGCGAUACAGAUAUUAUUUAGGAAACAAGAUGCAAUACGGAUGAUGAAGCUAAUUCGAAUCCGGAAGAUGAGUGUCUGAAAUACCCCUACCCCCUUCAAUAUAGGUAGGUUGUUACAAUUGAUGGACAGCAAGGAUUUUUGUUACAGCGAUAAAUUAGCCGUAAGAAAAUAUGUUUGAAUAAAAUUAUGUUAGUUUUGAUAAAU